CACACACACACUCACAAAAACCUGGAGACAAUUUACAUCUCGUCCCGUAGAUCUACCAGGUAGGCAUCGUGUCUGGGAACCAGACGCGACCCAAAUUCUUUGACACCUUCCAGUGGAUAUCAUCGAGCCCAGAGCGGUGAUCUGGAACCAGUACCUCCUCCAUGAUGGAUAGCUGUGUCAGUCUGUCGCCACACAGAAGACGCUCCAGGACACUUCGCACUCUCCCAAACCGAUGGCUGCGUGCAGCGCCGGGUGACGCGGAUCAGCUCCUCAUCCAGCGGCCGUAGCCCGUUGGCACACACCACCAGCUCGAUCAGACGCGGGCAGGUGAGCCCAACGCGACCCAGCACGUCUUUACUGACAGAGCGGCCGAAGUACAGAUGCGUGACGGGAACUUAAUCGCGAAAGAAUGGGCCAAAUUCACCCUCACAGUGGAAGAAGUAGCUACAUGACCAGAUUAAAUUUAGGAGAGUGGCGCACCAUGGCGUCCCAGCUGCUCUUCUUGAUGGUGUGGAACUGUUGGCCAGGAUUCUUUCCGAACCACGUCGAGGUGAAGGUGCUUCUCGGAGGAGAGAGAACUGAGAAACUCAUCACUCAGCAAAUGGAAACAGAGCCACACGGGACACUGACCAACCGACCAAAUGUUGACACAGCCGUGCCAUUUAUUUUUCAUUUCAAUGUCUACUCAGUAGUGUUCUCUGUGCUCUUACAGAAUAUAAUGAAACUGAAUAAUAAGGCUUUAAUUAUUCCCUUAUACCAUCAUGUGAAUGUUUAAAUGUAAAUAUGUUUAUAUUUGUAUUUUUCCCACCACAAUGAACCUCUUUGGCUGGUCCAGUGAUGUAAAACACAGUCUAAGAGACAGAGCAGUGUAAACAUACAGCUGUUUAGAGACGUCACAGAAAUGCCCCAUGUGCCACUUGUUCAAAUAUUGUAGCAUUACGACACGCAGCAAUGGGUUGCUGGUCAGAAUCAAAUCUGGGUCGUGGCCAAAGAACUCAACCUACAAGCCUUUCAUAAUUUACUGUUUAAAAGGAAGUUUAGUGGACCUCACUGGGCAGUGAUCUGUCUCCAUCUCCUCCGACAUGCUGCUGUUGCUGCACUGGUUUUGGCUGGUCCUUGUGCUUUAUCUGACAAACCCCGGAGAGGUGGAAGCUCAGUUUCCACGUCCCUGUACAACACCAGAGGCUAGAAAAGACCGUACGUGUUGCCCCCUCUUCAAUGGCUCUAUUUGUGGCUCUAGUUUAGGGAGAGGAGUCUGUGUAAAACUUCCUCAAAUACACCCGUCAAGACCAGUGGACUACAGGGUAGGAUGGCAUCGCUACUUCUUUAAUUCAGCUUGUAUGUGCUUGGGAAACUAUGAUGGCUUUGAUUGUAGUCAGUGCCUCCCAGGCUUUAGAGGACCCCAGUGUGAGGAACCGCACGUUAUAGAGAGGAAAGAGAUAACCGAUAUGACUGAUUCUGAGAGGGAGACCUUCUUGUCGAGCCUGCACCAGGCGAAACAGAGCCACAGCAGCCGGUAUAUGAUCCUUAGCAGCAAUGACACAACAGUGGAGGGUAACUAUGAGUUUCACAACUCAACUGUCUAUGAUGUGUACGUAUGGAUGCACGACUACGCAGCUAAGACAAUUCCGGUUCAGGACAUUCAUUCUGCACACCAGGGCCCUGCGUUUGUCUUCUGGCACAGAUUGUUUUUACUUUUUAUUGAAAGAGAGAUCAGGGAGCUCACUGGGAAUCAAGAUUUCUACAUUCCAUACUGGGACUGGACCAGAACCGACCACUGCAACAUCUGCACCAACAAGUACCUCGGGGCAGUUGGCAAAUAUGGUCGUAUACACAAUGCUUCCCUCUUCUCAAACUGGACGAUCACAUGUCUCUUUCGUAGAGAUGCUAGUAUAAUCUGCGACCCCUCUAAUGAGAAUGAUCCUAAGUAUCUAAUCCGCAACCCUGGAAGAGAUACAAGGUACAAAACACUGCCAACCACCAAGGAUGUUGAAGACACUCUGGCAAUACCAGAUUAUGACACCCCUCCAUAUGACAAAACAUCUAACAACAGCUUCAGGAACACGCUAGAAGGUUAUAAGAGUCCCGAUGAUCCCCGGCACUCGAAAACUUCUAUGCACAAAUUGGCGCACCACUACUUGCUCGGCACCGUGACUCAGGAGUUUACCGCAGCUAAUGACCCCUUAUCUUUGGUGCUUCACAGCUUUCUUGACAAGAUUUUCGAGGAUUGGUUUAAGGACCACCCUAAUGCUACCUACCCCGACAGUGAUGAAGUAACUCCAGCCCAGAGAGCGAAGGCCUUCAUGGCCCCCUUCUUCCCUCUACGCACCAACGACUACUUCUGGAACAAGCCCAUCCAAGACCUGGGUUACAGUUACAGGGAACACAGCCUCCCUCACUCUGGAGCUGGGAGCAGACCAGCAAGAUAAGGAGAAGAGACAGCACAGAGUCCACUCUAAACGUGGAAGAACACCUUUAGAUUCAAAGGGAUGAAAACAAUCUAAUUUUCUGAGAAAUUUGAGUCAGUGUGCACUUGUUAUUGAUUUGGACAAUGUAAUUGUGUAUCACGGUAUAGUGAUAUAUCAUUUAUUCACAAUAUGUUUCCAUUGAAAGAUGAUAAAUUACAGUAUUCAAUCAUCGCCCAGCACUAGUAUGGGCCACCAACCAAAGACGGAUAUUUUAUAUCAGCACAGCUUCAGAUUUAGACAGGUGUGGUGUUGUAUAAUGGAGGGUUGCAAUUACGACUUAUUUCACUAUUAAUUAAUUCAUGAAUUUGUUUUAUUGAUUAUUUAGUUAAUUGUCCAGAAAUUACACUCAGUUGGCAGUUUUAUUUAAACUGAUGCUCUGAGGGUUGUGAUUAAUGAUGCUACAUAAUAAAAUAUAAAAGUUUAUUAUAAAAAACAGAGCAUGUACAUUGGAUAAAUGAAUUGUAUCUCACUGCUGACAAUACAGCUCUUUUCCAUGGGAAACAUCGAGAUGACUGCAUUUUCACAAGGCAUAAAUGAAAUCAGAAUAAAUUAGCAGAACCUAUUUUAUCAAAACGUACCUUCUCUAUCAAACAUGACGUGAGAAUGGCUAAGAGCACAAUGAAAAAUUAUGGAACAAUCAAAGUAUUUUUCAUUCAUAAAGCUUGUACUGCUGUUAAUAAAUUUGACUAAGAGAACAUUAAUAGAAC